AAACGAAUAUCAGACUCAAUUCAAAGUGAUUUUACUCCUCCAGAACAUGGUCAUUAGCCAUUAAGAUGUCCAAUUCGGAUGAUGAAUACGACAUAAUAGAAGAUAUACCCCAAAGGGCAUCGAGAAAACAACGGAACUCACAUAUAUCGAAGUCAAACUAUGACUCCGACUCCUCAAUUGAAGAUUAUGAAGAACCCACUGAUGAAAAGGGACCCCAAGUCCCCACGGAGGAUCAGAAUGGCGGAGCGAAUAAUGAAAAGGAUGCCAUUGAGGGAACCAACGCACGCUCCAAUACAAAAGAAUCAGAAGACAGUGAUAGUGAUAUGUUCAGUGACGAUGAUGCUCCUGAGACAAAUAAACAAGAUGGAGAAACAAACGAAGCUAAUGAGACCAAGAGCUCCAGCACCAACUAUUUCGAGGAAGAUACCUUCAAUGGUGAAGACCGCCAUAUCUCUUAUAAUGACAUUGAAGAAAGUCAAACAGAAGCGCUGCAUAAGUACUUCAAUAAUGUUGAAGAUUUCGAUGAGGGCCGUUCACAAAAGCUAGAUAAAACAAAAAUCGGCCUUAAGAUUGAGUCUUUUGACCUUGAGCAAGAAGAAAAGGACGGUAAGUUCGAUGAAGAAGGAAACUAUAUAAGAAAUGACUCAUCUGACAGUGAAAAUGACAAUCAGGACCAUUGGAUAGAUGAAUCCAAUAACGCAGAUAUUUUAAAAGCCAAAAAAGCUCAAGAAAAGAGGGAGGAAAAGGAAAAAGAAAAGUUGAAGGCUCUUGAGUUUUCCUCCAUAGAAGACAUCUUGUUCAAGUUGAUAAGUCUUUUAGAGCCAGCCGAAAAUCCCCUCGAAGCAUUAUCUAGGUUUCAAUCCAUACGAAAAAGCCAGAGAAAAAACAAAAGCAAUAUUAAUGAAGACAUAGGGAAAUCAGUCUUUGAGAUUACUGGAUACUGUGAUUCCUUGAUCAAUGAGAAGGGCUUAACUAAUGCCUAUGAUCUCACCAGAGAGGAACUCAUGCGUCAAUACAAAUCUGAAAGCGGAAUAGAUUACCAGCAACAGACUAGAGGAUUAAAAAGAAAAAUGAGUGAUGAAAGCGACAAAGAAGAGCCUUCUGCUAAAGAUGACUCUUACUAUAACGAUAAGGUUUGGGAAUACAAGUGGGCUGAUGAAGAAGAGAUCCAUGGUGUGUUUUCGAGCUACGAAAUGAACUAUUGGGUUGACACUUAUUUUGAUGACAGUGUUAUAGCCCGAAAGAUUGGAGAAGAAGAAUUUAAAAAGAUUAAAACGUUACAAUUUGAAUAAAGGAAUAUUAUAUCUUUCUAUGGUUUUCCAUGCUUCUAUUUAUUUCUAUAAUCUGUAUUAUAAUACACUAGUAUAC